ACAGGCUGGCCGUUUACCAACACUGUGUGUAAAAUGAGUGGUCUGGUGCAGGGGAUGUCUGUAGCUGCCUCAGUCUUCACCCUGGUGGCCAUCGCAGUAGACAGGUUCCGCUGCAUUGUGUUCCCUUUUCAGCCCAAACUCACCCUAAUAGUUGCCAAGGUGACCAUAGCGAUGAUCUGGGUCCUGGCUGUGGUAAUCAUGUGCCCCUCAGCAGCUGCCCUGACCGUGGUGGAAGUGGCCGAUCACUACAUGGUGUAUAACCAGGACUACAACAAGACUUACCCCCUGUACUCCUGCUACGAGAACUUUGCCGACCCGAAGAUGCGGAAGGUCUACACCACAGUGCUGUUCGCCCACAUCUACUUGGUGCCCCUGGCUCUCAUCACUGUCAUGUACGGACGCAUCGGGGUGAAGCUCUACACCUCCGUGGUGUCAAGAAGAGAGCCUCAGGAUGCAGCACAUCCUGCUCCUCCAGCCAGGCAUGAGGGGGGCAGGCAUCUGAUCUCACAGAAGAAGAUCAAGGUGAUCAAGAUGCUGAUCGUAGUAGCCCUGCUGUUCAUGCUGUCUUGGCUGCCCCUGUGGACUCUGAUGCUGCUGACAGACUACGCAGGGCUGGACGAGGAGCAGCUGGAGCUCCUGACCGGAUACAUCUUCCCCUUCGCCCACUGGCUGGCUUUCUCCAACUCCUCUGUCAACCCCAUCAUCUACGGAUACUUCAAUGAGAACUUCAAGAGGGGCUUCCAGGCAGUCUACCAGACCAACUCCUGCUGCCGCCCAGGAAAUAGGGUUGAGGUAGCAGGGAGGGGAAACCGGGAAGGCAGAGCAGGGGGUGGAGAGGGUGGAGUCGGCCUGAGGGAGCCGACAAGCAACCCCAAUCCUCUCCCAUUUGGGGCUAGAAACAAAGUGUAUACCGACGGUAAUGUUAUGCACUCUGUCCACCUUGAGCUGGAGUUGAAGAAGAAUUCUAAGGUGGGAAGCAACACGGUCCAUGUUGAGGUUGGGGGGACUGGUGCAGGUGGAGGAAUAGGGAAUGGAAAUGGGAUGAACAAAAAGGGGCUACAGGUUGACGAGCAGACCAGCCCAAUGGGAGUUUGUCAGGCCUGGGAUCAUUAGUGGGGAUGUAAACCGUGGAGGUGCUUUCAGCAUCCCUAAUAAUAUUUUACGUUUAGAUGUAGAUUACAUUUACAAUCUAAAUGCAUACUUAAUGCAUAGAAAAGAUAGGCACCAUCUUAUUUUCUUUUCUUUCAGAUGGCAUGGCAUGUGUGGACUCAAAUUGCGAGGGAAGUGGACUCAUCUCAACAUUAGAUUAGAUCGUAUAGGGGUUUGAAAAUGUCUGACAAACUAUAAUCUAAGAGCCACUAAGUACUCUCCAAACACCAAAGAUAGAUUUGAAAAGAAAGAGAACAAAGCAAAUCAAAGCAAAGACAUCAAUCAUGGUGAUGCCCUUAGUCUGUUUUUGCUUGUAAUAUGAAUUAGUGGAAUAUGAAUUCUGUUUUGCUCAGUGAAGAUUUCUUUGAACAUUGUCAGCAAAACAACGAGAGGGGAUAUAGUUGAGACUGUUUAAUGUCAACGUUUUAGCCCUAAAGUAGUCUCAAUCUGAACACUGUCAACAAUACAGAUGAGAAACCAAUAAAUAUAAGCAAGCAACAUUUAAAAUGUCUCAAAGAACAUAAUGCCUCAGAAAAAGGCAGUUUGGUUCAAUUCAAUUUUGAAACUUGAAGCAAAAGAAAUUGCAGCACAGAGGGGAAGUGCAUUAUCUGAUACUGCAGAGCACAACAAAUCAAAUGGUAUCUAAUUAAAUCAAAGGUUAUUCAUCGUAUACACAGGUAAAUGGUGCAAUUAAAUACUUACUUGCGACCUACCUCAACAUUGCAGUGAAAUAUUUUUUUAAAUCUAAAUAAGAGUAAUGACAAUAACACAAUAAGUUAUACGUUUUAAACAACUAUUUAAAAGUAUACGGGUGGAAAAUAACUGUUUUGGAGAAGCAGUAUUGGACUGAAAUCUAGUCCCUGUCGUAGUGAAAACAGGGACCAAACUAUUUAUUGAUCAAUACAUUUGUACAUGUUACUGAACAAACAUAUCAGUUUAAUAAGGAGUGAGAAAGAUGUAUUUUUAUGUAAGGUUUUAUUAAAGUUUUCUGAGAAUGCCCUUACUCUAUAGGACUGAUGAAAACGUCAAAAGGGGCUGAGUCAAACAAAACAAACGUUCACAAAUAUUGCUAAGGGCUAGUCAGACAGUUUUUCUAACUAGGGAAAUAUUAAUAUGCCUUGCCUAGAUGUAUGUGUAUAAACCAGGGUUUCUUAAACUAUAGAUCGUGACCCUAAGUGGGCCCUGGGCARGUGAGAGGUGGGUCACGAGUUAUGAGAAUACAUCUCUAAUCASACAUUAUUUAUUCUAAAUUUGGGUCAUUGGAGGAAGAUUUGGGUCAUGGGAGGACGUUACAUUUCUAAUUUUGGUUUCAAACUGAAAAAGUUUAAGAACCCCUGGUAUAAAGCAAUGAUUUAUAUAUACACUAGAUGACUGACAGGGGGGUGCCAUUAAUGCUGUUCACAGCGUAGUAGCCAGGGAAACAAAAAAACMGAAAAGUUGAGCCUCGCACAUCAACGCUCUUUACCCACUACAAUGUUUACUUUAUGCAUCUAUAUCAUAUCACUGAGGCUACCUUUACAUUAUAUUAUGUGAGCUAAACAUACAAAUAAAAAAUACAAAAAUAUGUAAAAACAUUUUUCUUAAAGUAUAAUUUCUAGACAGUACCUAAUGUUACUGUCCCCACUAUGACAAAAAUACUUAAAUACAUGUCAUUGUGUGCUUGAAACAUUUAAUUGAA